AUGGUAGACAACAAAUAUAAUCCAACCAGUCAAGGGUCUUCAUCAUCAGCAGCCAUAUCACUGAAUCCUUUGAAAACUAAGACUUCACCUUCGCCCCCACCAUUGAAGGCUCCACAGGACUCACGACAGUCAUCACCUCAAAGACAGCAACAACAACAACAACAACAACAACAGCAGCAGCAACAACAAAUGACACGGAUAUUACCUGACCAACAAUCGGGUAGGAGGGCUUCAACAAAGCAUGGUUUUGUUGAAAGGUUUUUCAGAGUAACGCCCACAAGAAAUGCAGCAUUUAUCACUAAAUUGUUCUCAAUGGUGAACGAAGAAAGUACAAGUCAUCUCAUUGCUUGGACAGGUGCUGGCGACCAGUUUACUGUAUUCAACAAUGUUGAUUUCUCAACCACUGUUUUGCCCAAAUAUUUCAAACAUUGUAACUGGUCAAGCUUUGUUCGUCAACUAAAUAUGUAUGACUUUCAUAAGAUCAAUGACACCACCACAGAACUAAACGAAAACCAACGACAACGCUGGGAUUUCAAACAUCCAUGGUUCAAUAAAUCUGGCCUUGAUAAACUACAUAAAAUAAGACGAAAACCGCCCAGGAAUCGACUCGUGCCUCAAAUACAAUAUUCAAGUGCGAUGCAACUGGUGGAAGACCCACACCUCACUAUCAGACCAUCCAACACCAUCAACAACAGCAGUAACAGCAGUAACAGCGGCCAUCAUCAGCAUCGUUUGACAUGUAACAGUAAGGAUGUACCUACUUGUAUACAUUACUCGAAUAAUACAAACACGUAUCGUAAUGAUAGUAUGGAAAUGAAGAAUGCUCGUCUUCAUAGUCAACAACAACGUCAGCGAUCCAUGGAUAGCAAUAGUUCUACUGCUAGUAACGGACAUGAAUCCUUGUUAACAUCUCCUUCCAAUACUCCAUCUGAAAACAGUAGCAUCAUUCCAUCCACAGUGAUGCAUACGCGUCCUAUUUAUCAACAUCAAAGUUAUGUAUUAGGAUCUGACCCAACAUUGCUGCAACAACAGCAACAGCAACAGCAACAACAACAACAACAACACCAUGUAUCAUCAUCCGCCUUUGAUAAUGCAAGUAUACAAACAUCGCUAAGUGAAUUACAAACAGUUGCAGUCAACCUUGAAUUAAAACUAGAUACUACAGCCGAUGAAGUGAAUCAUUUACGCAAAUUAGUGGAGGACCAACAAAUGAUUCUUAAUGAAUUGUUACUUUCCGUCAAGUACUUUAAAACAAAGACAAGCGUUGUGGCUUUUCACAACAAAGAAGAAGAAGAUGAAGAUGAAAGCCAAAAACCUCGCAAGGUUCAUGAAUUACUUGGGUCCUCUGUAUCUAGCACCACGUCUGUUACCAACGAUGGCUAUUUUAAUAGUCAUAGUAGCGGCUGUAACAGCGUGAGUAGAAAUGAUAACAUCGUUGGUCCGCCACAUCAUUCAUCACAGCGACGACGACGACCGGACCCACAUUCAUCAACCUACCUAUCGCAACCAUUGCCACCCAUCCGAUGCGACGGGAUAGAUCGAGUGGAUUCACGCACUAGCGGCAGUGGACAUGUGAUUCAAAGACUACCACACCAACAAGUUGAAGAUUAG